AUGAUCUUCAUGGGCUUAGUGGAAUAUAAUAGAUAUUACGUAGAACACCUGCAGCUCAUGAUCCAGAGUUGGAGAACUUGCCAGAGUGAAGUAGAGGAAGAGAGGAAGCUGUUUUUUCUUCUGCAAAGCUUUGUACCUCUUGUCUCCUGUAGUCCUCUGGCCCAGCAUUACAAUACCAUCCGUUUUCAUCAACUAUUAUGUCCAGACCUUCUCUGUGAGGUGUGUAACAGAGCAACUGCUGAGGUCAAGUGACUGCUGUUCCAGGAGUCCCCGUAAGAUGCUGCUCCCUCUGUGUCCCCUUUGGCUUCCACAGCUUCUGUGACCAAGUCAUCAUUAACUCUAACCUCUGCCCUUCCAGCAACCCUUCUAGAAGACCUAAUACUGGCUCCUCUGCCUGAGCCUUCUCCUCUGCCCUGCUCCAUUCUCUCCCCUGACCUGAAUAUCCUCUUAGCUGACUUAUUUUCACCCUCAUCGCUGAGUGACACUCUGCCACCACAGCCUGUUCCUCCCUUGGAUUCCAGAUUCUCUGUGGACCAUUCCCCAUCCCAACAGCUUGCUUUUCCCCCUCUCCCACCACAACACACUCAGAAGGCAGAUACUGAUCUCCAACCCAAGGCCUCUCUGUCUCUGAACCCCGCCCUUGACCCCACCCUUUCCCAAGAUAUCAACCCCUUAUCUGAUGUUUCCCGGUCCCUUGUUGAUGAGCAGGACACCAUAGGCCCCCAAACCAGCUGGAACACCAAAGGCACACCAGAGCAGCUGCGCAUUUGUCAGCAGCUCCUGCAUGUCAAAACUUUGGGGGGAAGUGUGCGACAGAAAUAUAGCCACGGCCAGGCUUGUGAGUUGGGAAGCUCCUCAGUGAUGAACACAAGUAAAAGUAAAGAAGAAACUACUUUGACCUCCAAAUACUCCCCACCAAGAAUAUUGAUUGCUGAAGAUCCUAAAUCAUCAGACUUUAAAGGACAGCUGGUUAAGAAAAAGCACAGGGCAGAAAGUCCCAUGCAAAAAGACAAGCUAAUGCCAGCCUUUGUACAGCACCAAGACCUAGUGGAAGGUAGACCUGUCUUUAUGAGGCCUCUUGAAGCUCUUGAGCUCAUGACAGCCAUUGGGAAGAUACUAGAGGAGAAACUGGCAUGUAGGCAGGAACCUGAGGACUUGGAAUUAAGUCAGCAGAAGAAAAGCCGCAGACUCAGGCAGAGCCUGACAACGGAUGACCCUCCAACUAUUGGCUUCCCUCUGAACACUGGCAAGGGGAAGGGUCAAAGUCAUGUCAUUGACCAAAGCUUAGAAGUUCAGGAAGAAUGUAUGCCAGUUCUUCAACCAAUUCAGGAAUUGCAAACCACUUUAAACUUUCUCUUUGCCAAUCAGAAGUUCGGAUCAAGCAUCCCUAGAACCUUCCACGAGAGGAGCUCAAAUAUGCUUUCCCUGGAGAAUGUGGGGAAUUAUCAGGGAUACAGACAGGAGAAUGGCCCAAAAAAUCAUCUGUUGCAUGAUAAAGAGACAUCUUCAGAUGAGGAUCCGAGGUCUAACUCUGAGAGAGACUUGGACACUCAUAUGAUGCAUCUGUCAGGGAAUCAUUCAGGGGAGAGCCUAGGUCAGAAACAACUUGAAAAUGCCCUGACAGUACAUUUGAGCAAGAAAUUUGAGGAAAUCAAUGAGGGUCGAAUGCCUGGGACUGUGCAUAGUUCAUGGCAUUCAGUCAAGCAGACGAUGUCUCUUCCUGAGGAAUCCCACAGCCAAAUAAAACAUCGAAAUUUGGCAGCAUUGGUGAGUGAGGACCACUGCGUUGAUACUUCCCAGGAGAUUUCCUUCCUUAGUCCCAACAAACAAAAGAUGUUGGAAGCCCAUAUUAAAUCUUUCCAUAUGAGGAUGCUGUGGGGCCUUCCCCGCAAGAUCCUUGAAUCCAUAGAAAUCUUCAAAUCGAAAGAGGAUCUUUCCACUUCCUUUUCCCAUUUCGACAUUCCAUCCUCAGCCAGCUUUAUUUCUUGGGGAGAUUCCAAAGUUGGCGUCUCUAAGUUUCGUAGACGAAGCUCUUUUCAAGGGGAAAAGUUGGGAACAACAAGUUCAGUCCCUGUCCUCGAUGGUCCUCAUCCUGUCACCUCACCUGUCGGCAAAGAAGGGCAGGACACCCUGAGAAGACAAUAUUCUGAUACUGACCAUGACUUUAUAGAGUUAGAUUCCGAAGAUGGGGCCUCCGCGCUGCUUAGAAGAGGCACUGCAGAUUUUCAAGGAGAAAUAUUAGAAUCAACAAACUCAUUACCCAUCCUUGGUCAUUCUCCCCUCGUCACCUCACCUGUCGACCAAGAAAAGCAGGUGACCCUGGGAAGAGAAUUCGCUGAUACUGUUAAUGAUCUUACAGAAAGUGUCCCAACAACUGAGGAUGGCGGACAGACUUUUCUGCCCCCCGCACAUAGCAUCAUAGAUGAGGUCAGUCAGAAACAGACUGUACCGGCCAGUAGAUCCAGCGCAGAGCUGCCCAUAAUGCAAGCUGGAGUUGGCCGUGAGUCAAAGGAUAAGAGAGAGAGUGCCAGUAAUAAUGUUAACAGGCUUCAGGGCAGUAGAAAGACCUUUCCUGUCACCAAUGGGUCGAAGGAGAUGUUCAAGGAAGAGGAGACCUGUGCUCUUCAAUCACAAACUAGGAACAACUUGACAUCCAGCAAGUCAGGAAGCUGCUCAGUGACAAAUGUGAAAACAAGCACAUCUCAUGAAACUGAAAUUUUCCCACCAAGAGUAUCAGUUCCCCAAGAUCCUAAAUCAUCAUAUCUUAAAAAUCAGAUGCUGAAUCAGUUAAAGUUGGUCCAGAGGAAGGAUAGCCAACCUCAGAGCCAUUUCACUGACACGUCUAUUGCCUUAGAGAACUUGAGUUCCAAGGACUUACUGACUCAUCCCCAGGGCAUCUCCAGUGGGGAUAUGGGAACUUCCCAGGUGUUGCAUGUCCACUUGGAAGACAGAGGGAUCUGUGUGGCACAGCAGCAGGAGCCCAGGGUCCCUACCCAUGUCUUACAGAAGUGUCAAGUUAAGAAUUUCCCACCAGCUAUAAAGAGAGUGAGCCCUAGGAGACCCAAAGGAGGAGAGCUUGGUGGGGGGGAUGCAGGGUUGGAGACAUCCCAACUCAGGAGAAAGAGCCACGCUAUUCAUAACAAGACAUCAGGGGAGGUGCUUGGGAGCAAAUCUUCCCCAACCUUGAAAACACAGCCUCUUCCUGAAAACCUUUUCAGAAAGUGGAUGAAGACCUUUUUGCAGCGGUUUAAUAAACCCAGCAUAACAGAUGAAGAGCAAGAAAUUUCUCGGGCAAAGGGUAGCUCCCUGUCGUCAUCUGUGCAGAAUAGAGGUCGAGUUACAAGAAGAGCUGCCUUUAUUGGGACUACUGAAGCUCAGAAAAUUAGGAAAGACACUAGGGAUUCCCCAGAGGUGAAGCUGGGGCAUAAGCGUGGGAUAGAUGUCACCUGUCCCCAAGAGCCUGUUUCCUUCCCAGUGGAGCUUGGGAAAGCUCAGCACAACCCAGAAGUGCAGGUCACAGCAGAGCCUGUCCUGGGCUAUCCCUGCAACUACAUGGCUCCCUCCUGCAAACUGACAUGUACCAAAUCUUGCAGCCAACAAGCUGUCUUUGUUGGCCAGAAUUAUCCUACAAGGAUUAGACAGAACACAGACAAGGACAGACAGCCUGAGAAAGUUGAGGCAUUUAAGGGGAAGCUAUUGUGUCAAAGGCAUCCCCAAUCCGUUACCCACAGGAAGCCUAUGCCACAUUCAAACCCCACUUGCCGGCAUCAGGUCAGCCUGGUGUGUCCAGCCGUCCCGACCAGUGCUAAAAGCACUGUGUUCAGUGAUGUGCCUUUA